AAGCGUUUAUUUUCAUACGGAAAAUGGCGGCUUCUGAAUCGAAUCGCGCUGUGGAUGUGGACGAUGCCGCGUCCACUGAGAAAAAGGGACCGGAUGUUGAUUUCUGGGCCGGACUCGGGCCCAUAGUGAAGCGAGAGCCGGUGGUUAAACUCCUGAGUCCAGUGAGCGGGUUGGAGGCUCUGACGUGGUCGGCGGAUCACCGACUGGCCGUGUCCACCGUCAACAGUGUUUCCCUCAUGGAGCUGGUGUGUGAUCAAAACACAUGUAGCCAGGAAUUAGUGCUUCACCGCACUCACAUCCCAGUACCGGAGUCCGUGUAUGAACUGAAGGUGGGCCCGGAGGAUGCAGUGCAAUCAGCGAAACAAAAAUUUGAGAAUUCUGAUGAUCCUGCAGUAAGGCAGGUUUUUCUGCUGGACAGAAUUAUGAAUCCCCAAGGCGGAGCCCUGCAUGGCAUGAAGUACACCAGCUGGUCACCGCUCGGCUGCGACGUGAACGGCCGCUGCGUUCUGGCUUGCCUGACGCUAGACUGCCGCUUGACCAUUCAAAGCUGCCACAAGCGACUACAAUGGACUCAGCUCCUGAACCUCACCGAGCUUUAUGGUGACAUGCUGAAGUCAAGAAACUAUUCGAAUGCCAACGAGUCUGAACCCCUGCAGGAAGACCUGGAAGAUCUCGAGGUGCUUCAGAGUAGGUAUCAGAUGCAGACACCCGUACGUAUGGAGUGGUCCAGCCUGUGCAACACGCAUCAAAUCCAGAGCAACAAUGAGUGCAAGGAUGUGGGGACGGUCCUCCUGGCUGUGCUGAUGGAAAACGGGGAUUUGGUGGUAUGGCAGUUCCAACUGCCAAUACAAGGAAAGGAAUCCGUUGUCUCUUGCAACACGAUCAAAUCGGGUGUGUUGUCACCGAGCGUGUUAGCCUGGUGGGAAUAUGAGCAUGCUGGGCGCAAGAUGAGCGGCCUGAUCGUGGGAAGCACAGCGGGACCUGUUAAAAUAUUGCCUGUGAAUUUAAAGGCGGUGAAAGGAUACUUUACUCUCAGACAGCCGGUGGUGCUGUGGCAAGACAAGGAUAAUAUCCCAGUGAGCAACGUCAAGUGCAUCACGCUCUUCCACCCGCAGCAGAAGUGUAACUGUAGCUUGGUUGUUGCAGCGCGAGGCCCAUAUGUCUUCUGGUGCUUGUUGCUGAUCUCCAAAGCGGGUUUAAACGUCCACAACUCUCAUGUUACUGGCCUUCACUCGGCACCAAUUACAUCCUUAACUGCUACACACAACGGAAGCUCUGUCUUCACCUGCUCGCUGGAUGGCACAGUCAAAAAGUUGACGCCGGUCUUUACAGACUCUGCUAUAGUCUUCAAGCAACAGGAGGUGGAGCUUCCAGAAGGUGUUCGCGGCUGCCGUAUACAUGGAAUUGCCACCAGCCCAAACGGUGCCUACUUAGCUUUGGCCACCACGGAAGGCUUGAUCAAUGGUUUGCACCCAGAUGUCCGAACCAACGUGGUGCAGUACAUCACGCUCAUGACGCCAGACGAAGCAGGGGCAAAGCUUCUUGAGUCACAAGUGCAAAGCCUCUACAAGCAGGCUGACCUGCUGGAUCUGGUACGAUGGCGCGUGAUGCACGACAAACGGAUUCCGCAGUUCCUCCAAGACGAGGUAGAUGAGAAGACGUCCACAUCAAACUCGAUGUACCUCUGGAGACUCAAGCUCUUCCUCUUGCGUGUCGUCCAUCAGUCCUUGCAGAAGAUGCCAGUGGAGGCGCGCUGGAGGCCCAAUCAUGAGGACAGCAAAGCACUUCUACUGGACGACACAGAGGGAGACGCAGCAGCGGAAGGGAGCAUGGCGGCUGACGCUUCCGAGAUGAACGAGUCCAAAGCGAAAGAAGCUGAAGGAGAGUCGGAUGAGGAGCGAAUGAGUGAAAUUACAGCAUGGAUCGAAGAGGUGGAAUCGCACCUGACACGUGAGCACAUGAAGAGGGUGCUAGGAGAGGUCUACAUGCACACCCUCAUCACCGAGAAUACAUGCAUCCCCACUAAAGGGAUCUGUGACUUCCUGUCCAACGAUCCUACCAAUGAAGAUCGAGCCGCUAAGGUUCUGAUUGGUCACAUAAUGAAGAAAAUGAACAAGCAGACGUUUCCGGAGUACUGCAGCAUGUGUAAAGAGGUUCUGCCCUUUACUGACCGCAAGCAGGCCGUGUGCAGCAGCGGACACAUAUGGCUCAGGUGUGUGCGGUCGUUUCAGGUCUGUCAGAGUGUGACGUACCGCCGAUGUCUGCUGCAGGACAGCAUCGCUUCAAUGCCACAGCCUGAGGAUCCGGACUGGGUGAAGAAGAUCUUAGAGGGGCCGUGUACGUUCUGCGACUCGCCUCUGCUUUGACACGCUGGACGAAGGAACCCAUCGCAAGUCCUAAAGCUGCACACCUAAAACCUUAGAAACUGUAUAGCACUGUUCAUUUCAUUGUUUUGUUUGUUUUUAAACUCUGAUAAUCCACGGCUAAUAUAUACGAGCAUUCUGAACGAAUUUGUUUUCCGAUUAUUGUUUUUUAAAAGCACUGGUUUGUUAUAUAUCUAGAUUGUUUUCAUUCCUUGAUGCCGAGGUCAGUCGCGUGUACAAACAAAAAUGGCGGGGGAAACCUCUUCCACCUCAACUUUUAUUUUAUUUCUAUCUGCCGAAUACUUUGUUUGAGCCUUUGCUGCUAAGAUUCCUUUCUACCGCAACUUUCUUUCAGCCUCGUCGUAUGAUUCCGCUUUUUUUUUUAAUUGGCUUUCGGAAACAUCUCCAUCGGCAGCGUCCUCUGUCUUCACAUGAGAACUUUACACGGGCUGCACGAGGAGAGAUUAAAGCCUGCGCGAGACAGAUAUGCGGCGAGAGACAGAGGCAAAAGUGUUUUAAGAGUGCGUUUCGCUGCUUCCCGAGGGAUCCGCCUCUAAUGAGAUACCAGAGUAAUGAGGUGCGGAUUCCAGCCACAGAUGUGAUUCUCAUUUUAAUUAAGAAGAGGCGGGGUUAGAGUGCAUAUUGUUAAAUAUAGUUAACCCUCUUUUUAUGGGCCGUGGGGAAAUAAAUAGAGAAGCCAGUACAGUUUGACACGAGAUCCGCCUAUAUAUAUAUAUAUAUAUAUAUAUAUAUAUAUAUAUAUAUAUAGUCCCUACAUUUCUACCUCAGGGUCAGUAAGAUGAAAAUUGGCGGUCUUGUUCACUCUUGUCUCCUAUAUCGGCUACUAAUCCCCCACAAUGUCCUGCCCCGUCUCUCUCAGGUCAAUAGAGUGUAUCACUUGCCCCUGGGGCUCGAAAUAAGAAGCGCUUAGAUAAAUAGAUAGAAAAAAUUUUCCGUAAUGUAAUAAAAAGCACUGCUGUUUGUCUUUCUUGUGGUUUAUCAGUCCCACACAUGCCUUUUUUUUUUUUUAUAAACAUGAUGGACAAGGGGCACUCGAUUACGCGAGGUUGAUUCAUGCAAGCACUUUUUGAUCAAAGAAGAGCGAGAACCUAAAGGGAGAACUCGUUAUAGCUGUGUCUGUUGUGCGUCGCUGUAAAUUUGUCCACAGAUACAGCGAACCAUCUUGAAGGAGCACUCCCGAAACUUGCUCUAGCUCUGUCUAAGGCUCUGUCUAAGGCUAUGCCGCAUUUGUGCGAUUAGAGGUGGGGGAGACAAUUUUCAGCAAGUGAGAAAUGGUACAUUUGUUUUACGUUAUGAAAGUGAUUGAAAUCUGACUCUCAGGGCAGCUGAGAAAAUAUGUAAAAAAACCCCAAUUUUUUGUAGAAUGUGAUAUAUAGCUAAACAAAUUGUCCUUUUUUUUAGUUUAGUUAUUAGUUUCUAAAUUAAUGGGUCAGUGUAAUUUUAGUUAGAAUUUUAUCAUUUUGACAGUGUAAUAUCGAUAUCAUGAUAAAAUGUCACUGAGCUCAAAAUGUCACUCAUACUUUCAUAACAUGACCUAGGAAUAAGUUGGUUUGAAUAUUUUCUUUAAAACAAAAAGGCUCAUGUGCUGGGAUUUCCACCCUGAGCUAGUCUGAGCUGAACCGGAAGUCUACGCUAAUGCAAAAAAAGGGAAAAAGUUACUCUGUACGUUCGUGGUGAGCAGGAAAGCAUGUCAAAACGCACAAAAAGGAGGCAACAUCUUUACAAAUGAGCCUCUCAACAAGGUGUUUCUUCCUGCAAAACUUGUUUUCAAACGUUUUUUGAAAUGAAUUAGUUUUGGUAGUUCUAGCUAAAUGUAUAGAGGUGUAUGUGUAUAUAUAUAUAUUCUUUUGCAGUCACUCUGUGAUAGUCGCACAUGCAGUACACUACACAUCCGAGUGAUAGAGAUUACACUAAAAGUUGUCUUUUGGUGAGACUAAAUGUCACAAUGUGUACCGUUUGACUUCCUCGUUCGUUAUCGACGCUGUUUUGUUUGCCCUUUUCGGCGAGGGCGUGUGCCGUAGCGAUAGGUGGAGACCGAUCGCGGCGGAGAGGUUAGCCGUGUUUUGGCGGAACCUCCUACGUCUUUAAUAUAAUGAGAUGUCAGAAAGCGUUUGUACAAUAAUUUCAGCCCCCCUCCUCCAUCCUUUCUUCGCUCAACACAUCAAACACGGGCUUUGUUUCUGCAACAUGCAAUAUUCAUAGCCUCCACGAUCGUGGAUGAACUUCGGUCGGAUUCAGUACUUUUGUUAAAGUAUGUAAUUAACGAGUUAUUUCAAUUCAUGAGAAUCUGCUUUGUUGACCCGGUGUAAUCAUUUCGUUAUGAACCUUUAGUGACCUAAAUGAGUGAGUGUACCAGUAAGGAAGCUACCGUGGGGUUCAGGCUUCAGUGCCAUUUCUUGAUCUUUCUGCUGCUUGUACACUGUAUGUGCUUGUUUUCCUUAAUGGGCAAUAUAUGUCAUAAAUGAAACUGAUAAGUUGUAUGUAAAUCUUUAUAACAACCAUUUAUGCUGCCGUAAAGUGUAUAUAUAAUGUUAUACCUCAAAUAAAGGCAACGUUAUUUUGUAAAA